AUGUCCCGAACUCUACCACAGGGGGAGGUGCAUCACGGCCGCGAGAAGGCCGGGGGCAGCGCUUCACAGCAGACAAAGGGCGCCGCCAUGUUAGAGCCGGGCGGAACCGACCUCGCUGGCUUCCCGGCUGUUUGCAGCCGGCCUGCCCCCCCAAAGACUGUCCCCACAGCUCACAUCACUUGUGUUAUUGACCGUGCCACUGGAAAUCAAGUCUCUCUGGCAGCACCCCCAGUGACACCCCGAGUAUCAAGACCCAGCCAGGGACAUGUCACUCUGCCCAUGAAGACGUUUGUUGUGUUCUGUGGAAAAAACACGAUGCAUGUGACUCGACUUUUCGCCAGUUGUAGACCUCAUGCCGGGACCAGGGAUAUCUUGCCAUCCUACAGAGGACUUGUGGCUCCAGCUGUCCUCCCUGCCAGCCCACCUUGUCCCCAGGAUGAUCCUAAAGCUGAGAGGAGACCCUUGAAGGCUGGAGCUACUGAAAAGCAUUCAACUUGGGGGACAGUUGGGUGCUCUGUCCAGACUCUCUCCUCCUGUAUCCGUGGGCAGGUUGAGCAGCUCGGUAGGAUCUGUUCAGGGAGAGCCUGAAUGAGGAGUCUCUGAAGUCUGAACCCAGGAAGGCAUCCUGGAUGCACUGAAGGACAGAAGAGCCGGUCACGUCUCUGCCCUCUUCCCCACCCUCUGCCAGGCUCCCAGCAGAUGCCAGGCAUGGUACCAACCAAGCAUCUUCUACCUGUCCUACAGGGUGUUGCUGCUGACAGCAUGGUUUUCCUGAAGCUUGGGAAGGGAAUUCAAAGUAAUUGUUUUGAGGCCAGCCUGGCUGAAUGGAAACCCUUUCUCCAAAAAGGACGAAGGUCAGUUAGAGAGAUAGUUCAGUAGUUAAGAGCAUAGACAACUCUUGGAG